GUGUACACGGGCGAGCAGGUGCGGCGCGGGUUCUUAAGGCGCGGGCGGCGGCCACAGCUCUGCACUCACAGCACGAUGGCCGCCUUCAGAGCUCUGGUCUUCUUAGUCGGCUGCGUCGCGGCUGCGCUCGCCGAAGAAUCGGCGUGGGACGGCCUAAGAGUGCGCUGGUCGGUGCUCGGUCUCGCGGACAUCUUCCACCUGACGGCGUUCUUCGACAUGCCCAAGACGGUGAGCGACGCGACGUCCGACGGCUGGGUGGAGGCCGUGGACUCCGGCGUCACCUCCAACGUGACCACCUACUGCAUGGAGAACGACCCGCGCGUCUGCAUGCUCUACGACGCCAACGGCGUCGCCGCCGGAAUCGACGUCAGCGUGGUGGUCGACGACGUGUCUAACCUGGGCGUGGACUUCGACUGGUCCUCGCAGGAGCUGUUCGUCGAGAUGGAGCGCUUCGACAUCCCCAUCUACAGGACCCGCGUCUACUGGGUCCCCGAAGAUGUGGUGACCGAGGGCCGCAGCACCUGGAAGAACGGACUGGGCAGCGGUCUGUGGUUCGAAGGCAAGAACGGCCGCGUCGAGAUCCCCAUCGAGCAGUCGCAGAUCGAGAGUGAGACGCUGUACACAGAGCAGGCGUGCAUCCCCACCAUGGGCAUCCACUACUACCACAACAUGACGGAGAGCGCCGACUGCUCGCAGUUCCACCCCUACUUCCUGCUGGUGGGCAAGGACUCUGGGAAGGUGCACGGAGUGGGCUUCCAGACGUUCGGCAAGGCCAGCAAGACGAACAGGGAAUGGUUCGAGGACAUCCCCUCUGCCGCUAUCAAGCCGACGGUACCAUACUCCCCAGACUGUCUGGUCGAGUGGGUGGAGCAAUAUGGUGUCAUCUCCUUGCACGUCUACUUCAGGGACAACGAGCUGACCAUACUCUGUUAGAAUAGUGCGCUUUUUGGAAAAGAAACUAAUAAAUAACAACUUUGCACAUGCA